GAGAGCAAUGGUUCGGGGGCAGGAGCGAGUGGUGGCUUUGGCGGAUAUGGACUGCUUCUACGUACAGGUGGAGCGACGCCUGGAUCCCCGUCUGCAUGGAAAGCCGUGUGUCGUGGUGCAGUAUAAGACCUGGAAAGGUGGCGGGUAGGAAGCUCCUCUUCUUGUAGAGGGAACGAAAUGAAGUGGUAGAUAAUUAAGGCGAAGGAAUGACUCACUACAGAAAACAAACGAUUGAUGUCUUCUUCCGGCAUUGUUAAAAGAAUUGGAACUUAACUGGGACUUUAACAUUGUUAAAAGACACUGGGACUUCGGGGAGACGGUUUUAGCCUCGUUCUACUCCGCCCCCCCCCCUCCAGUUUGGUGUGAUGAGGGUACAAGCGACGGAGUGACCUUGCGCCUGUCAUUCGCUCUCAGGCUUAGGAAGGAGGGCAGACUUUGCGAAAUGUUGCCAAGAAAACUGCAGGGACUAGUCCACGAUUCAAAAAGCUGAUUCAAGACCACACACAAAAAAGUCUUCCUUAUGCAUUUUAUUUACAACACCAUAAUUGCUGUGAGCUAUGAAGCACGUGCUUUGGGGAUUAAAAAAACCAUGUGGGCUGCUGAUGCCAAGAAAUUGUGCCCAGAUCUCCAGUUGGCUAGAGUACCAGAGGCCCGUGGCAAAGCAGAUCUUACCAGAUACAGAGAAGCCAGCAUAGAAGUGAUGGAAGUGAUGUCACGCUUUGCUGUGAUUGAACGUGCCAGCAUUGAUGAAGCUUAUCUGGACUUAACUCAAACUAUACAGGAAAGGCUGCAGAAGAUGGAUAAACCUAUUUCAGUAGAGCAGUUGGGAACUACAUAUAUUCAAGGAUUCCCAAACAACCUUGAAGAAGAAGAAAAUACGGACAACAAAGAGGAGAUAAGGCAACGUGGUGUGUGCCAGUGGCUCAAGUCAUUGCCUUGUGGAGAUCCCAGCAAUCCAGAAUUGCAGCUGACAGUAGGGGCAUUGAUUAUGGAAGAAAUGAGGGCUGCUGUGGAGUCUGUCACUGGAUUUCAAUGUUCUGUUGGAAUUUCUCACAAUAAGGUAUUAGCAAAACUGGCCUGUGGCCUCAACAAACCAAAUCGACAGACUCUGGUAUCACAGGGGGCUGUUCCUCAACUCUUUAGCAAGAUGCCAAUCAGCAACAUUCGCAACCUUGGAGGCAAACUAGGUGCUUCUAUUACUGAAUGUCUCGGAGUGCAGUAUAUGGGAGAGCUGAUCCAGUUCAGUGAAUCACAGCUUCACACACAUUUUGGAGAGAAGACUGGAUCCUGGUUAUAUGAACUGUGCAGAGGAAUUGACUAUGAGCCUGUGAAAGCUAGACAAUUGCCAAAGUCCAUUGGUUGCAGUAAGAAUUUCCCUGGAAAAACAGCAUUGGUUACUCAGAAGCAGGUGCAGUAUUGGCUCUUGCAGUUGGCCUUGGAGCUGGAAGAGAGAUUGAAUAAGGACAGAGACCAGAACAACCGGGUGGCUAAACAAUUGAGUGUUGGCAUCCAUAUGCAGGGUGGUAAACAUACCAAUUUAACACGCUGCUGUGCCUUAUCCCAGUAUGAUGCUCAAAAAAUUAGCAGAGAUGCCUUUGCACUAAUCCAGAACUGUAACACAGCAGCAGGCCAGCAAGCAACAUGGUCUCCGCCUGUUACAAUCCUUCAGCUCUGUGCAAGCAAGUUUUCUGAGGUUUCUGCAGUAUUGUCUGUGGACAUUACUUCCUUCCUGACUAAUCAUAGCCAAUGCACUCAACACACCACCACCAUUAAAGAAGGUAUGAAUGCAAAGUUCCUCGGAAGUCCCAAGAAGGAGACCAGCAAGAAGGCAGUUAAUGCUAUUCAAAUGCUCUUUCAAAGGGCAGAAAAAAGAAAACAAGCCCAGGCUAUCGCUGGGUGUUUUGUUCCUGACGUAAAUGAUACGACAGUACCACCAGCUACUGAGACCAAGAGUUGUCACAUCAGCAACCAAGUUUCAGAAGGCUUAAUGGAACUAAGCAACCCAAACAUGAUGCAGAAACAGCCCUUGAUAGAGCAAUCUUUGCUAGAGACCGCGUUGACCGGGGAAGGUUAUGUAGCAUCUUUAGAAAUGAAAAUGCUUCCUGAUUCGUUUAAAGAAGAAAACGUGCAGACUGCUCCUGGACUUUCCCAAGAAGGAGCUGUUUGUUUGGCUGAUCCUUCCUCAGUAGAUGACUGCUUGCUGUGUGAGAAAUGUAACCAAAAAGUGGCAGUGUGGGAGUUCACCGAACACUCAGAUUACCACUUUGCUGUAGAACUGCAGAAUUCUUUCUCGGGGUCUAGUUCCUUCAGAUCCGUUGAAUCUCUUGCUACUCCAGUGAAGGAGAAAAAUAAAUCAAGGGAACAGAGAACCACCAGUGCCAAACGGCCAAAGCAAGAUGGAAGUAGGACUCUAGAUUUCUUUUUUAAACCAUUGCCACCAUAGUUGCUGACUUGAGUAACUGGUGACUUAGAAAAUGUACUUUUCCUAAUAAACUAAUCCUAAUAAAUUAUUCCUUAAAAUUUAAUAUUUUGGGGAGUUAAUGAAUGGGGAUAAAAAUCUGUAAUCAAAGGUAUGCUAUCUGCAGGUCCUUCUGUUACUUUAUGGACAAGAUGACAGUGGACCGUAUGGUGAUGAGAUUGUGUUCUGCUAAUAGUUCUGUAGUUGUCCCUUGACUCGUUUUAAAAUGGAGCUCUGUAAGAAUUCAUUUACUCAUGUUGCGUCGUGUAGAAAAUUUGCUUAUUUCAGAAGUCUUGUAUUCAGGUAGAGGUUCUAAGAUCUAGAUUACAGUCAAGAUUACAAGGAGUGAAAAUCAUAAACCUCGAUAUUAGACAGCACUGAACUUUGGAUUUGAUUUUAAGACAGGAGAAAAAUCCAGAUUUCCCAGAUGGUGGAUUUCAACUUCUAUCACUCUUCCCUGCUAGCUCUGCUAGCUGGAUUGAUAGCAUUGGGGAGUCCAGAACCUUUGGAGAACAACAGCUCAGUGUUCAAUCUCUUGCGGUUUUUUUUAAUUUCGUAAGAACUUUUCCAUAUAAUUUGAAUGCUUCUUUUUCUAGAGUUGUGUAAAAAGCCUGUAAUAUAGUUUUCUAUUUUUAUUUGCUUGGUUCUAAGCCUUUCUCAGUAACAAAAUUGUUUCUUUUGGGAGUAGGUUUAUUAAUGCUCUUUAGGUCAAGCAUUCUUUAUAGUAAAUGAAACUAUCUUAUGCUAAGCCAUAGGCCUUACAUUUCCAAAAUGCUAAACCAUAAUGUAAGUAGGAUUUUUUUUUGUGCAACAUGAUGCACCAUCUCAAGUGAAAAAAAUAUUUUAUUUAUUUAUUUGAAUUUAUUAACUGCCCAACUCCAAUGGCCUUUAUUUUUGCAAGAAACCAUUCUUCAAAGCCAAAUAGUAAACAACAGCCCAAUGAAGAGGGCAUUAAGACCGCUCCCAUCAACACUGACAGGGUAAGCUACUAGUAUAUAAAAUCAGAACAAAUCCAGUCCCUACUAGCACCGAUGAUAUUACCUACUCUGGUAAUGAAACGUCUGCAAGAAAACAACAAAUUCAGAGAGUACCAAAGACUCCACAGUUCAGCCCUCAGCUACAAAUAUUCUGUUCUAUCAGUAUCAAGCACCUCAGAAAACAUGCAGUUGGAAGAAAUUUGCAUGCAGGCACAUUUCCACCAAGGAAAAGCAAUUCUUGCACGAAUGCCCUACAACAGCAUAGUGCCCACUAGUGUCAAAUACAAGCUUCUAAUAAACUGCACAUCUGGAUGUAAAAUACCGCAAGGAAGUGGACGAAAAAUGAUAUGGCUCAUGAACACAGAUGCACAUCUCAGACUAAACAGAUACCAGCACACCAUGGAAAACAUCAAGGAACAACUAGAACACAUCAUUUCAGAGCAUAUUGAAGGGCUGACAACCACCAUCAAGACUACUUCCCAGAGACACACCAGAAAAAGGAAAAUGAAAUUACCAACCAAACUACUCAAACCCUCGAAUCAAAGAGGCACCAGAGUCCAAAUGUGUGGUCAACAUGUCCAGUCGCUCACUAUUUACCACAGAACACAAUAUUCUACAGAAAGGCCUACGCUAUAACAUAGAAGAUGCUAUAACUAGAAUUCUUUGCAGUAUUAGAACGAGCAUUUAAACUGCAGGAUUUCUCAAAGAGACUCAAAAAAGCAUCAGACAAGCUAUCCUACCACAGAGCAGAAGAUGAUGAGAACAAAACUCUGAGAACAGAGCAGCCCUCAAACCACAAUUAUCCUGGACAAAUCACAAUAUAGACAAAAAGCAAAAGUAUUAUAGAAGACAAAGUUACAUCCCAGCGAACAUUAGUCCAAUACAAAAACUAGAUAACUGGAUCAAGAGAACUCUCAGCUACUUCACCAUAAAAGGUCAAAUCGCCAAAGAAGAUCAGUGGCAAAUAAAAAGUAGUAGACCCAUCCUCCCAUGCUUCUAUGGAUGCCCCAAAACACAUAAGCCAGACAUACCUCUCCACCCAAUUCCAUCAUUACCAGGGACCUCAACCUACAACAUCACCAAAGAUUUGACAAAAAAGCUUGGACCUUUCACAAAGGGAAGCAAAAGUACGCAUCUGCAGUGCCUCCAAAGAAUUGAAGAUAUGACAAUAGAUGAAGAUGAAAUCAUGGUUUUAUUUGAUGUCACAGCACUUUUUACAUCCAUAGACCCAGAAUUGGCCAGAAUUCUAGCCUCACUACACAGCACAUCUGACCUAACAAAAUACAUCAAGACUGAGAUAUGCAGGACCAUGGAUUUUAUCAACCUUUGCCUAGCCACAAACUGACAAAUAUAUUAACAUGUUAUAUAUAUUACAGUUUGGUAAUGAAAUCUACAAGAAAACAACUAGGCUCAGAAAGCACCAAGGACCCCACAGUUCAACCCUGAGCUACACAUAUUCUCUUCUAUAAUUACUCUUUUUAGUUAUGAAAAGAUUGCAUAAUGGGAUAUCAUAAUUUGCUACUGAAUAAAUAGUCUCAUUAUUUGGAUCCAAUCAUUUGGAAGAAGCUAUUUAUAGCUUUUGCAGAAUUUAUUUUGAUAACAGUUUAGAAUACCUCUUGGCAUUGAAUGCAAGUUUUUGUUAUAUGGUUUAUUUGGAUCUGGAUCUGUUACAGGUUUUGAAGGCAUUCAGAAGAACUAUAGGAAUCAUCUGUGGCUCCUAAACCAGUUAUCCUUCUUUAUAAGAAGUUGAAGGAAAUUGAUGAAGUUGAUAUUAUUUACAUGACCUUUGGAACUGCAUAGUUAAAUAUCCUUAUAACCCAGUGGAGAAUUGCAUUAAACAUAUAAUUAAGUUCCUAUAAUCUUAAAAUGAAUAUAGUACAUUUAAAUUUGCUUUAUUUCUGCUAGAUUAGAGGUUCCCAAUCCCUGGUCCGUGGACUGAUACCGGGCCGCACAAACAAGCAAAGUCCCAUCUGUGGGAUGCAGGUAGCACACAAAACCACGCCGCCUCUGGUCCAUGGAAAAACCUUUCUCCAUGGAACCGGUCCCUGGUGCCCAAAAGGUUGGGGACCUCAGUACUAGAUGCCUCAAAUAAAAUUUAGUGAGGAUUGGUUACAGUGUUCCUGCUGGUGGAGAUGUAAUUUAGGAAUUGAAGCAUUUUCCCGUAUGAUUUGCUCUUAUCCUAUUGUUUGUAUUACAACUUUGGAUUAAUCAUAUUAUGUUAAAUUCACAUAUAUUCUUCUUUGGCAUAUUCCAGUAUUUGGAACCUAGCAAAAAUUGUGAAAAUUUUGGACAUGAGAGUUGUUCGUUAAAUGAAUUUAGAGUAAGGAGAAAUCUUUACCUGCCUUGCAAAAAUGGAUUGCUAUAUUUGAAUUAAUAUUUUUUAAAAAGAGGGCAAAGAACAAUGUCAAGCAAUAUUCUCAAAAUUUCUUGAAUUCUGUUUAUGACAUAAUUUUCUGAUCUUUUUGUGUAUUACUUUAUUACUCAUUAUGACUAUGCUUAUGAAUUUUAGAAUACAUUGAUCUUUUAAUGUUGAAUAUGCAUGUUUCUUUUUUGUUGUUGUUGAUUAGUUUAGCAAAAUAAAGUUAUCAAAAUAGCCUAAGAUUUAAGUAACACAUUUUUGUGUAAUUUCCAAGAAAAAAACAAAUGGAAAUCUAUAGCACUGUUCACAUAACAAAAUUAAGUUAUAUAUGAUUGGGUGUAAAUGUAGAAAAUAUUUUCAAGAGAUUAUCCUUGUACCCAAUGGUCUUUAGCAACCAUUGACUAGUUUCUAAUCUUCCAUAGUUGGCUUGCAGCUCAAAAGAACCCUGGAAGAAGUGGAUUGUUUAUACCCAUUUCAGUCUGUUUCCAAGAUGGCGUUCAUUGAUCCCAAAAACGGAACCUGCAAUUAUGGGAAUAACGCUAGGAAGAUGAUGAUGAUGAUGAUGCCACUCUUGUUUGCCAGGACAACCUUAAUUACACUUUUUGAUCAUCUGGCCAAGCUGGGAUGGAGGUGAUGGCAUCCAACCUUGUGCCCCUCAAAUCUCUUGGUGGCUUUCCAUACCACGCUGUUAGCUAUGUCCUGAGCUGGCUCCAUGGGCUAGGGGUUGGAGACAUCAUUUUUUUUAGUGGUUCUCCUUCCUCUGAGUCUGUUGGUAUGGUUGUGCGGGGAAGAUUGCUCCCAAAACCCUCCUGUGUGGGGUUCUUCAGGGUUCUACUGUCUCUUCCCUUUUAACAUUUAUAUGAAACUGCUGGGUGAAGUUGUCUGCUAGCUUGGGGUUUGGUAUCAAUAGUAUGUUAAUAAUACCAGAUUAUGUCUUUGGAACUUGGCUGGUCAAGUGACUUUAUAGAGGUUCUGUCUUGGAGAUUGUGCAGGUUUGAAGAGAAACCAUCUUGACUCAAUCCUAUGAAAACUGAGUGGCUAUGAGCAUUUGGAUUCUCCAGAUUGGGGAGUACUCCAUCUUUGACCUUAUAUAGUUGCACUUCCUGACUCAAGGAUUGUGCACAGUCUUGGGGAGGGGGUGUUCCUGAAUCACAACCCCUACUUGGAGAGCAGGUGGCAGCUGUGGUCCUGAAAGUCACAGCACAAUUUCAUCUGAUGUGCCAGCUGGGCCCUUAGUAACCGGUGGGCUAUUAAAACAGUCACUUAUGCACUUGUUACCUCAUGGUUCAGCUACUGCCAUGGAGUCUACAUGGGGCUGCCUUUGAAGAUCAGCUGGAAGUACUCCAGAAUGCAAUGACACAGACAUUGGCAGGCAUACCUUAAUAUGCCCAUGUAUCACCUGUGCUUAAAAAGCUGCACUGGUUGCCAAUUUGCUUCCAGAAACAAUUCAGAUUUCUGUUAUUUAUAAAGUUUACAUAGCAUAAAGCCUGGUUACUUGACCACCCGACUCCUAUAACAUCUAUCUAGCUGAUUUGAAACUAUAGCAAUGACACAUCCAGUUCCCUUUGAUAAUAUUGGGAUCCCUGAAACUUGCUGUCUCUGUAGCAAUACCUGGUUUCUGGAAUGGGAUCUCCUCCACCUUGAGAUCCAGGCUGUUGUUUAAAAGGGCUAGAAGACCUGGCUCUUUGCUCAGGACUUUGGCCAGCGAAAGUGAAGGCAUUUGUCUUUUUUUUUUUUUAAAAUUUUGUAUUGGUUAUUAUAUUUUUCUUGUUUUAGUUAUUGUGAGCCACCCAGAGUCUGUGUGUGUGUGUAUUGUAAGUGAAGUUUUUAAAUUGGAAUUAUAUACUGCUUUGUAAUACUGCUUCAUUCUGUUGUAAUUAAGAAUAACAGGAACUAACCCAGUGUAGCUGAUGUUACGCAACCAUUGCAGCACCAACAAACGGGUUAAAUAAAAAUUCCUCUCACAA